CUAUUAAUUAAUCAGUAUACAAUUCAAAACGCUAUUCCGACGUUUCGCACAGGAACUAUGUACAUACAACAUACAUAAUCUCCAAAAGACACCAACGCCAUCUUCCCUCACGAUACGCAUGCGUAGCUAUUCGGAGCUUCACAGCCGCGAAUUACGUUGAAAGUUUGAAUGAAUUUAUUGAUGAUGAUGGAAUGAUUAAUGAAUCUGCGCAGAAUCUGAUUGAACUCUCGGAACGAACAUGUAAAAUGUGAGGAGUUUAGUUGAUGAAAAAGAAGAUGUGGGACGUAAUGUAUUCAGGAAAAAAAAGAGUGUUCUGUCUUGUAUGUUCUAUCAUCCUUACGAUUAGAGGAUAUGAAGGUGUAAAAAUAAAAAAAGUUGAAUUACCAAUUGCGAUCCACAAUGGAACAGGGCCAGUGGAAUUGUCAUGUUCUUAUCGGAUUGAGGACGAGGAGAACGGCCUUGUUAUUAAAUGGUUUCACGACGGUGACCAGAUUUAUCAGUGGAUUCCACCGAUGGCACCAGAAGACAUUGGAAUUAUUUCCGGCCUGACUGAAUACCCGACUGAAAAUAUGGGCCAGCCUCAGUCCCAUUCAAUUAUCCGGCUGAAGAGGGUGACAACAGAAAUGACUGGAAACUACACCUGUAGCGUCAGCACAUUUUCCGAGGAUGUAGCAGCAGCCAAACACAUGACAGUUUACGUUCCUGAUCACGACUUGAGGAUUUACGCUAGUCCUUUUAAUAAGACUCAUAUUAAUAUCACCUGUGUCGCCCGGGGAGCCCGCCCUCGCCCGAGUCUCUCGAUAAUCGUCGAUGAUCAUGAAAUGGAUAACAGCAGUAUUCGCGUGGAGAAUUACAGGAAUUCUCCCUGGAUUAGACAAGAAGCUAUAGUACCAGAUUUCCCGGAUGUGAAUAUUGUUCAAUGUGAGAUUUACAUACCAGGAACCGGGUACCGUAAGCGCCGAAAAUUUGUCUAUUACCCAAGUAAUUCAUCGAGUAAUUUAUUCAUUAAAUUCCUAAGUAGCAAAACGAUUGUUGCGAAAUUUCAAAUAUGUUUUCAAAAGUAUCGGGAAUCAGUGACAAUUUCAACUCAAACGUUCUGCUACUUGUUGAACGCAUUUUAUUAAUUAUCUUUGGAAAUUAAACCCGGAUAAUUAUUUUGGCCCUGGAAAUAUUUACAGGACAAUACACAGGAAGGGGUCACAUAUCAUCUCACGAUCUCUUCUUCAUUCUCAUUAUCUCAUCAGCUAUCAUUUACUGAGAGGGACAUCAUACUGUAAAGUGAGAUAAAAACUACUAAUCACAACUUCAAAACUACCAAAAAUCCUCGUUCAUCCACGUGAAUGUUCUCGAGAAGUGAAGUCUAUAGACCCGAGUCCAUUGGUUCAUGAAAUAUCAGCAGAAUAUUCGCGUAUCACUGAGCAUCCUCUGGUUAUAUAUAUGAACAUCGAUAAAUCGAUUUUGAAAGCCCAUAGUCAUGGAUAUAUAAAGAAGACUCACGUGACGGAAUGAAAAGUUUUCUUUGGCAUCUAACAACAACUUGGAGAAAAAAAUAAUUCAUCCCCCGACCGCUGUUCUUUUCUCCGCAGCAAUGAAAUAAAGUUGACCAUGCAUGACAGAUUGAUGAUCUUCGUUUCAAUGAGUUGCUACUUUUUUAGUUCGAAUUGUCGACUACUUACAGCUCUUGUGGAGGUGUUGAAGAGCGAAAAAUUAUUCGCAGAGCGAAGAAAAGAUCUUUUUACGACCUCUCGAGGGAUAAACGAUAUAUCCUAUUUGUCUAUGUGCCUGUCAUGAAAUGCUCUCGGUCAAAAGUAGCUGAAAAAAAAACAGGGGGUUGAUUUUUUUCUGAAGGAAUAUGACCGUCACUUGGUGCUUUAUUUCAGCAGCGACGCAAUGACAGCAGGUGGGUCGCUUUUGACUGGUAAAUUGUCAAAAUUGACUUCUCCCAGUUUACCACUGCGCCAUCAAAUUGAUUUUAAUAUUUAUGCAAAAAAAAACAAAAGUAAAAUUUGAACGGUUACAGUUUAUGCUUUCUUAUCGAACCAAAAUGACAAAAGACAAGACAACUACUGCCCUAUCGUAUACUUGGGGCGUUUUUAUACGUGCACCAACCGAUACCGAUUGAUUUGCAAUGUAAACCCAGGAAUUACUUGCGGUAUAACAAAGAGUAUAAUUAUCCAUUCGUGAUUGAUUG